CAAUUGCAUACUCUCAUUUCAUACACAAAACAAAAAGGAAAAACAAUGGCAGAUGCAGUUGUCCAACCUGCAAAGCAAAGGUAUGCAUUGAUCACAGGAGCAAACAAAGGAAUUGGGUUCGAAAUAUGCAGGAAGUUAGCUUCGCAAGGGAUGGUGGUGAUUUUAGCAGCAAGAGAUGAAAGGAGAGGCAUUGAAGCAAGAGAAAGGCUUAAAGAAUUCGAUAAUGUGGUCCUUCAUCAGCUCGAUGUUGCUGAUCCUGCUAGCGUUGCUGCUGUUUUCAAGUUCAUCAAAUCAAAAUUCGGAAGGCUCGAUAUUUUGGUGAAUAAUGCAGGAAAUCGUGGGGUAGAUGUUGAUGGUGAUGUAUCACUUCUUGAAGAGUAUAUUGCGGCUGACUGCGCCUUUCUCGUUGCUGGUGGACAGGCGGAGCCGUUUCAUCCCAAAGCAGAGGGAAAGAUUGUGGAGACAUUAAAGGGAGCGGAAGAAUGUAUUGAGACAAACUACUAUGGUGCAAAAAGAGUGAUAAAAGCACUGAUUCCACUUCUGCAACUCUCUGAUUCACCAAGAAUCGUUAAUGUCUCCUCCACUUUAGGUUGCAUAGUGCUUCAGCCGAAUGAAUGGGCAAAAGGGGUGUUGAGCAGCAAAGAGGGGUUAAGUGAAGAGAGAGUAGACGAAGUUGUGCAAGAAUUCCUCAACGAUUUGAAAGAGAAUAAAGUAAAAGAGAAGCAGUGGCCUCCUCACCUUGCAGCCUACAAAGUGUCGAAAGCAGCUCUCAACGCUUAUACUUGGGUUGCAGCUCAACGACACCCGCGCUUCCUCAUCAAUGCUGUGUGUCCUGGUUUUGCUAGGACGGAUAUUACAUACAAUCAUGGCCCGCUGAGUGAAGCCGAAGCCGCUGAGGCUCCGGUGAAGAUGGCGUUGCUGCCCGAUGGAGGGCCGUCGGGCAGCUUCUUCCAUCGAUCGGAGGCCUUGUCUUUGUGAUCUCUAUCUUGUGUUGAUUUAAUAUACUAUACUUGUAUCACUUAGAACUUAUUACACUAUUUUCUUUCUACAGUAAAAUUAUUAUCAUACAUGUUACAUGAAAUAACGUAACAAUUGAUAUGGGUUUUUGUACA